CGCAUUUGGCCACACUGAUCCAAAAUUUCUCGUGUGUUGCUGCGUUUUUGAGGUGUUAUUGUUUAUUUGUUGCUAAAAUGGAUUUUAAUAGUCUGCUGCAGCGGGCAGAAAACUUGACAAAGAAGGUCGAGGCGGAGUGUGAGCUUCCCCGGGUGGAAAGGACCCUGCAACAGGUACUGAAGGCUACCACAGAGCUUCAUUCCCGCGUAACCCAAACCGGCGGCAGUGGAAAAGACAUCCAAGCGCACAUACUGCUGGGAUCCAAAGGCGUUGACCUGCCAAAACUAAACCAGAAAUUAGAAGCACUUAGUACUCGAAAAACCUUCGAGCCCCUGGAUAUUAUUAAGGCGGAUACGGAUGUGUGUACUUUUCUUAAAAAUGAGCGCGAAAAUGCUAUACUCUCGGUGAUUGAGGACACAAAUAAGAAUAUCAGCGACACUGUAAGCAAACAAAAAUGGUCGCACCUGAAUACUGCCUGGAAUGAGGAGAAGACCCGGCUGCUGGAUGCACUUAUAGCUCCCUCUCAAAACUUCAUCGACUUGCAGCGUCUGCCUGAACACACAUCUGUUCAUGCCUUCUGCCAGCCACGCAGUAGUCUUGACAACUUGGAACUUAGCUACGCCCAGGAGCUGCGCCAGUACAACGAAUUGCUGCUAAAAGGAAGUCAGCGUCCAAAUCUUGUCCAGAAGUUUGCUCAGCUAUCUAGCAGUUUUGUAGAUAGCCGGCUGACAGACAUGUGGACUCUAUUGGCCUGUGUCACUCAUAUAGACGAGCCACAGUGCUGCGAUCCCAUCAAAGCUCGCCAAGAAAGACCGGAAUUUAUACUUCAUGCCAAAUCUUACCUCGAAAGACGUUACAAGACGUACAUUUCCUCUUUAGUGGUGGAUUCAUAUGGUAAACACAGCUAUCAACUAAUAUUAGCAUAUGUGAGCCACCGGUUCAGCGCACAGCAGACGAUUGGACUGGUAGACACGGUUGGCGGAAAACCUUUGUGGCCCUUGGUUUAUUAUGGACUCCGUUGCGGCGCUGCCGAUGCAGCAGUGAAUUUUCUUCGAGAAGCAGGACCAAGUCACGAAGAAUUCGCACAGCUUAUUUCGGAUAGAAGUGCAGGAGAAAUUAAUAAUAGGAUAGAAAGCCAGUUGCGGUUGCAAUAUGCGAAUAAGAUACGCAAUUCCACGGAUGCGUACAAAAAGGCUGUGUACUGCAUCUUGCUAGGCUGCGAUGCCAAUGAAGUGCACGGGGAGGUGGCCAAGACCAUUGAUGACUUUUUAUGGAUCAAGCUGGCCAUGAUAAAGCCUGGAGAUGCGACUGGCUACGGCAAGCUUCAGUCACUCGUUCUGGAAAAGUAUGGCGAGAAGUACUUUAAUGCUGCCCAGCAGUGGCAUCUCUACUUUUCCACGCUGGCACUUACGGGACAAUUCGAGGCAGCCAUAGAGUUUUUGGCCCGCAGGGACAACACCUGUGUCCAUGCAGUUCACAUGGCUAUAUCUUUACACGAAUUGGGUUUGCUCGGUGGAGCCCGAAGCGUUUCACAACCUCUGCUAUCUAUUGAUAUCGCUGAUCCUCCGCCAUUGAGACGCUUUAAUCUGGCCCGGCUGAUUCGCCAGUAUACGCAGCGAUUCGAAAGAUCAGACACCAUCGAAGCGCUUCAUUACUAUUUUACAUUGCGUUGUCUUAGAGAUUCCAAAGGAAGAAACAUGUUUGUCUCCUGCGUCUGCGACUUGUUGGUGGAAAGUGGUGUCCUAGAUACCAGCAUAUUCGAUAUGAUAUUUGGGAAGCGGCAGACAGAUGAUGAAGAUGAUUUUAGAGGAGGUAUAUUCCGUCAGUUCGAUUGUCCGGAAUUCGACACCUGCACUGUUGCAGUCCUGGUGGCCGAGGAGCUGGCUUCGCGUGGAAACUUUGAAAUGGCUGUACGACUUUAUGAAUUGGGUGGAAAGUACACUUUGGCUAUAAAGCACAUGUCCAUUCUUAUGGCUCAGGUGGUGCAGCUGCCUACCUUAGAUGGGUCGCUACGGGUGCGCCUUGUGCAGGAGGCCCAAAGAUUUAGCAAGCUCCUGGCCAGCGGAAAAUUUGAAGUGGACUCCAAAAUGAAGGCUAGCUUUUUACUGCUGCUGGAUUUGCUUGUCUUCUUCACCCUUUAUGAUGAGGAGAAAUACACAGCGGCACUGGAGCAGUUGCAGUGCACCCAGUUAUUGCCAAGCACCACUGAUGAGGUAUUAGUAUGUAUGGCCAAUGUGAAACGACUCAAUGGAGAAGUGAUUAAGAUUCUCCCCGACGUGAUGGUGGCUGCCAUGGAAAUUACCGAGAGGCAGUACAAGCAGUUGUUGGGCAAAUCGCAUGAUCAGUUCCAAAUGCAGCCGCUAAGGCAAAGGGCCAAAGCCAUCUCAAAUAUGGCCGCAUCCAUGCCGUACCGACUUCCAUACGAUACAAAUAGACGUCUUGUUCAGCUGGAACUGAUGAUGCACUAGAAUAAAGGUAUUCUUUAUUAA